AUGUCAGAGCAUUCUGAUAUUUCAGAGGAACGGGCUAUGGCCCCCCACAUCCGACUCAACUCAGGUCGACAGGACCCCCUGACGGAGGCGAAUGAGGACUACGCGCCUCUGACGUCGCGGACAUUUCCGCGUCCUUUGACACCACAGGGCCCCGAACCUCCCGUGAUAGGUGCACAAGGAGCCUCCCCAUAUGGAGUGUCGAAUGCACCCGAGUCGUCCGAAUUCUUGCUGCCACCAAAGUUGCGUCCGACGCAGGGAUUCACCAGCCAGUCUGAGCGGCCGCGGUCACCGGAUCGCUGGUCUGCAGCGCGGUCAAGUGUUAGCUCGCUCAGCCGCGAGAGCACAUUUCCUCUGGACCCGUUUCAUGAUUCUAGGGCGUCUUCUAGGUCUGAAGGGGAUGAGCAUGAUAUGAAUACGCAGACUGUUUCGGAGAAGUUCAAUAUCAUGCCUACUGACGGGCUUUUGUUAUUUCCCGAGGAUGUUGAGAAGGACGAUUACAUGCACAACCCCGAUCCUAAGGAUCAAGACCGGGAUUGUGAUAUGUGCAAUCGUCGGGGUAUCUUGAACAUGGGUGGAUUGGCUGUUUUGACCGUGGGAAUUAUGGUGCUGUUCAUCGGAUAUCCUCUCAUCACUUGGCUGGAAGGCAUUAUGAAGCCAAGGAGUGUAUGUCAUCCCCAUGACACACUCUGUCUGGAUGUAGGGGAGAGGGACUUGUUGGGCAAUAUUCGACACGGAUUGAUUGAUCCGGACACACCAAAAGACGCACUCACCAAGAAAAACAUCAAUGGCAAGGAGAUGAAGCUGGUGUUCUCCGACGAAUUCAAUAUGCCCGGCCGGACCUUCUUUGAAGACGACGAUCCGUUUUUCCAAGCCGUUGACCUGUGGUACGGAGUGACUGCCGACAAGGAAUGGUACGAUCCAGAUGCAGUCACAACAUCAGAGGGCACACUCCAGCUUCGAUUUGACCACUUCGAGAACCACGAGUUGCAAUACAGAUCAGGCAUGGUCCAGACCUGGAACAAGCUCUGUUUCAAGGGAGGCCGUUUGGAAGCUAGUAUGUCGCUACCUGGUGAUGGACACAUCGAAGGUUUCUGGCCUGGUUUCUGGGCAAUGGGUAAUCUGGCGCGUCCUGGUUACGCUGCAACCACUGAUGGCCUGUGGCCAUAUAGUUACCACGACGGUUGCGAUGCCGGUAUCACUCCUAACCAAAGCGCACCCGAUGGUCUCAAUUGGUUGCCCGGCAUGCGUCUGCCCGGAUGUGCUUGCCCUGGCUCUGAUCAUCCCUCUCCUGGCCGUGCUCGCAGUGCCCCUGAGAUUGACGUUAUCGAAGGUAGCACUGCUGCCCUGUUCGGUGAUAGCGGCCCAUUCGUUGGUAGCGCGUCACAAAGUUUGCAGACUGCACCCUUCGAUCUGUGGUACCUCCCUGACUAUGACUUUGCCGCUGUCUACGACGACCGCGUAACCCAAAUUAAUGCCUACCGUGGCGGUGUCUACCAACAAGCCAUGUCCGGACUCACAAACCUGAACUCACGCUGGUACAAUGGCACUGAGUACCAGACCUACUCUUUCGAAUACACGCCCGGUGCCGAAGGAAACGUUACUUGGUUCGUCGGCGCUGACAAGACCUGGACACUCGACGGCCGCGCUAUCGGACCAAAUGGUAAUGUUGGCCAGCGCAUGAUACCAUUGGAGCCUAUGUCACUCGUUAUGAACAUGGGUAUGGCAGACAACUUUGCACCGCAAAACAAAUCCAUCCGCGAUUACAUGCCCGCCUUCCUCCGCUUCGACUAUGUUCGCAUUUACCAGGACCCCGAUGAUGAGAGCGUAACCUGUGACCCGCCUGGUUGGGAGACGACACAGUAUAUCAAGGACCAUCCUAAGGCAUACGCUAAUCAGAAUUAUACCACUUGGGACGAUGCUGGAUACAACUGGCCCAAGAACUCCUACAUGCACGACUGUGCAGCUAAAUAA